AUGACCAACUCAGGGAAACCCAAGAUCCAGCUAGAAGGGCUCACAAGUCCAACACCUAAAGCAAAUGGUUAUCGGAAUAUACGCCUACGUGGUAUACCAGAACAAGAAGGAGGGGAGGCAUUGCUACAGUUUGUACAGACGUUGAUUAACUCCAUGGGCUUCAAGGGGCCAGCGGAGACACCGCAUAUAAUGUCAGCAUUCCGAGUAUGCAAGUCUGCCGCAGCUCCUGCGGAAACCCCUAGAGACGUGGCGGUGAGAACUGCAAUGAUGAACCGUUCCAGAGCACUGGGAACUGUGCAAUUCAAAGGUUGUUCAUAG